AGCUGGAGUGCUUUUCAUCAGGGAAAGGGGCAGUGGGAAGGGACCACAGGAUAUCACUGAAUCCCCUUGAGUUUCUGGUCACACUGCCCAUGACAUACCCUAUCUUUACACCACACCUGUGCCAUAAUUCCUGUGUGCCCUCAAUUCUUUUGCAACUUUAAAUACCCUUAAUUAGGCCCAGGCCAGUUGCAGAAAUCAGAUGAAACUCCUUGGCAGGCGCCUGCUUCCAGGAUCUGCAUCUACUGAUGGAUGGGAACGUUGUGCAAUGUGGGGAGAGCAUCAGCAGCCGUGGGCUGGCAGCGGGCAGAGCACCUGUGGUGAGAACCAGGGUGGCAUCUCACAGGAGAAAGUCACAGAGAAGCAGUGGUGGCUCUCUGACCCGUGGGAAAGGUGCCUGAACCCCUCUGGCAGGACCAGUUGAAGGUCAUUUUGCUGCUUCAUCAGAAAUUUGGGACCCUUUGAGCGCCUGACAUUGACCUGCUGUCACCAGCAUGGACAGCGAUGACACCAUCACUGAAGAGGUCUGCAGGGAGGACGACGUUGGGGAUGGACAGCUCCUGGAGGUGAUGGUGGCUGGCUACCCAGUGCUGCUGGUGAGGAACAGGAAGGAAUUCAGUGCUCUAGGCAGCAAAUGUCCCCACUACGGUGCCCCGAUGAGCAAAGGAGUCUUAAGAGGGGAGAGGCUGCGCUGCCCCUGGCAUGGGGCCUGCUUUAACAUCAGGACUGGAGACAUUGAGGAAUACCCUGCUCUGGACUGUAUCUCCUGCUUUAAGGUAACAGUGGAAGAUGGAAAGGUGUUUAUUACAGCAAAAAAGAAGGACCUGGAAAGCAGCGUGAGGGUGAAGGACACAAGCAGGAGGUGCCUCCUCAACAAGAACACGAUGCUGCUGCUGGGGGGAGGUGUGGCUGCCCUGGUGUGUGCAGAGACUCUUCGCCAGGAGGGAUUCACUGGCAGGAUCAUCCUGGCCACCAAUGAGAAACACAUUCCCUAUGACAAGUCCAAACUGAGCAAGGAAAUGAACUUGAAACCUGAGGAUGUCUACCUGAGGAAACCUGAAUUCCUCAAGGCUGAGGGCAUAGAAUUCUGGACAGAGAAAGAGGCAGUGUCCGUGGAUUUCCAGAGGCAGAGGGUUCGCUUCAUGGAUGGCUCCUCUCAGAAGUACCAGCAGCUGCUCAUUGCAACAGGCAGCCACUCUGGUUUUCUCAAAGUCCCAGGUGCAGAGCUGCAGAAUGUUUGCACACUCCAAACCCCAGAAGAGUCCAGCAAGAUCUUGAAGCUGGCAACUGGGAAGAAUCUGUUGAUUGUAGGAGCUUCAUUCGUAGGAAUGGAGGUGGCUGCCUUCCUCUCAGACAAAGCUGGAACCAUCACAGUGGUGGAAAGAGAGGAGUUCCCUUUCCAGCACGCCCUGGGUCCUCAGGUUGGAGGUGUCGCCAUGAAGAUGCUGCAAAAUAAAGGGGUGAAGUUCCACAUGAAAACAGAACUCUGUGAGCUGAAAGGAAAGGAUGGAAAGGUCAGUCAUGCCUUUGUGAUCCCUGAACUGCUAAUUUUAGGGGAAAAAAGCCCAAAUUGAGAUAUAACCCAGUGC